AAAAUAUGCUUCAUUCGGAAAGUAGUGGCGCUGUUAGUCAGACGGAUCUCUUUCUCGCGCUAUCUCGUCACUGUCGGCUGCGAUACUUUUGUGCGGUUGUGGACAAUUUUCACACAUUCUACUUCCUUCAUGACAAGGAAAAGGUUUUCCUUCCGAUUGCUGUAGGGCGGUGGAAAUUUAUGAAACGUCUUAAGUUUAGGUGAGAAUUUCAACCUUGAAAACAGCGAAUACUCUGGUGCGUAGAAGAACAGAGCAGAAAGAUAGAUAUUCUGACGAAGGUAUAGUGAAAAUCGGGACGAGUGAUGAAGAACUGGGAAUUUCCUUUCAUUCGUGAGUGAUCGAUCCGUACGUAGAAUAGAUUAUUGCAUAAACGAAGAAUACGUCGAAAGCAUUUUGAUAUAAUUAUAAUUAACAUAAUAUCGAUUCAGACGGAUCAAUAAUUCAGCACAAUAGAACUACCGCAAUGUUAUCCUUUUUUUGUGUUCGUAAUUACACUGGGCAUUGAACACGAAAAAACUUGAGCCAUGAUUUCGAGAUGAAUGGGUAUUCCAAUGAAAUCUACAUAAUUGAUGCCGACUGAAUAUAGAUAAUGCGAUUCUAAAUAGCAUUCAUAAGAAGCAGAACGUUAUCUUAUCACUUGUGAUCUUAGCGAGUAUGCAGUAAAGAUUGUAGCGUCGUUGACGUCGGGCAACAAGCAACCUAGCACUCAGAAGUCGAGGAGCACCAAUCGAUAAAUGGCAAGAAGAGGAUAGAAGAAACAUAAACAAUAGCAAACUUCAGUUUUACCACUACAAGUUUUAAACAAAAUAGUGUUUGACGAAUGCAACUCCCCAUACAUUAUGCAGACGUGACGAAUCGUAUUAUCGUGCAAUGAAAUACAGUAUCUCUGAACGCAAAGAAGCACUCUGGUUCGCGAAAAAAGAAGCUCAGCACAUUAAAGGUGGCGUAAAUGGAAUACAAAAAAGUGUGCCAGUAGUGAAACAUCAGCAGAAGUAAAGAGUAAUUGGUCAGCCCGGCUACUCGGAGGCAUCCGAAGACAAGCAGAAGCAAAGUGAAACAGGAGAUUAUCAACAUAUAUGCAAAAACAAAUCAAAAAUUAGUGUUUGCUCUUUGACCAGUCAGCAGAAAAGCGCGAAUCAGUGUGACAAUGGCGUUGAGCAAUUCGCUGAUGCAGAAUGUCGAGGAUGAAGAUGAUGACUUUCAGGAUGCAUGUGACUCGGAAGGCCCAUCGCCACUCUGCGGCAUGGACUUGGAGGCGGCCCUAACCGAAGCCAAGCUGGCAGUCAAUCUGUUUUUCAACAACAAAUUCAACGAAGCGGAAGCACUGAUGAAGCCAUGGGCAACAUCAAGCAUGUAUCACUCGGUGGGUCACAGCGUGUUUGCCUAUCUAGAAGCCAUGCUAACGUUCGAACAGCAGCACAUAGUGGCGGCUUCCGAUGCGCUGAAGCAGUGCCUAGGCGUGUGCAAUCGCUACCGGAAGAAGAACACCCUGACGGAAACCAUCGGAAAAACGUUCAAAAAGGUAAACUACGACCAAUACACGGACGUAGAAGCGCAUGCAGAGCUUUGCACGGCCGAGGCGAUGCUACUGAAGGCAAUGCUAACGUUCAUAGAGGAUGAAACGUUGACCAGUUUGAUCAAGGGCGGCAUGAAGAUUCGAAACUGUUUCGCCAUGUACAAAGAAUGCAACACUAUACUUAAUCAGCGGCAGUGGGAGUCGGAAAGUUCCAGAGUGCAUUUUGAAAGCGGGGUUCGGAUGGGCCUGGGGACGUUCAAUCUCAUGAUCUCGUUGCUUCCGGGAAGGGUCAUCAAACUGUUAGAGUUCAUAGGAUUUUCCGGAAAUAAGGUAAGCGGCAUGCAAGACUUAAUCAUUGGAUCGCAAAGCUUAGGCAUCCGGCAGGUGCUAUGCGUGAUGACCCUUCUCGGGUACAACCUGAUUGUAUGCUACGUGCUGAGCCACAAGGAGGGUGACCUCAAGUUUUGCGACGAGCUACUCGGCAAACAGCUAAAGCAGUAUCCGGACGGUGUGUGGUUCUUGUUUUUCAAGGGAAGGCUGGAGUUUAUGAAGGGCAAUCUGGACGACGCCCUGAUGUGGUACAAACGGUCCUGGAAGUCGCAAAACGUGUGGCCUCAGUUUCAUCAUUUGUGCUUCUGGGAGCUACUGUGGGUUAACUGCUUACGAUUGGACUGGCGAGAAUCGUUGCUCUUCGCUACGUAUUUGGUAGAGCACAGCAAGUGGUCACGUACGAUUUACACAUAUCAGAAGGCAUCCAUCAUGUGCAUGAUGAAGCGAUCGGAUCUCACGUCGGUCGAACUGCGUACUUUGGAUGGAUUGAUGAAGGAGGUUCCCAAGUACAAGCAACGAAUCGCAGGAAAGUCGCUUCCGAUGGAGAAAUUCGCCUGCAAAAAGACUGACCGGUUUUUCGCCCAGCAAUCGUUCCUGUACGUGCCGGCGCUGGAGCUAAUGUACGUUUGGAAUUUGUUCAAAAUUCUUGGUAAGCAUUUCCACCUGGCCGAUGGGGUGUUUCGGAUAGUGGAGGAAAAUUUGAACGAGUUAGAGGAGCGACAACGAAAGAAAACCACCAGCCCGUUGAAUGCCUACGACGUGGAUAACAAAGCAUUACUAUUGUUACUUAAAGGAGCUUGUCUAAGGCAGAUGAAUAGUCCACUGCAGGCAAUAAGCUGCCUUGAAACCGUGGUUGCAAUGUUCAAAGAUCUCAAAGAAGACUUCUACUUAGUACCAUACGCCAUUGUGGAGAUUGCUCUCAUCUACGUUGAUCAAGGCAAAAAAGAACAAGCAAUUUUGGCCCUUGAGGAUGCAAAGAAAAACUACAGUGGCUACUCAUUGGAGUCUCGGUUGCAUUUCCGCAUUCACACGGCCCUCAUCGAACUGAAGGGCAAAAGCUACGAAAACAUUCCGGCCGGUGGGGAUUAGGACCGGCCACCUUUCAACUGCAACGAUCAAAAACCACUAACAUACUUGGGAAACUGAAUCAAAGAAACCGGAAGGAAUCUAGUCUUGUAGUCAAAUGAAUGAGUGAUACGUGAAGGACAAAUCGACAACGUAGUGUAUUUAGAGAAAGAAAAAAAAAACGAAAUGCAUUUAUGAAAUGGAUCCAUUCGGAACGAAUUUAUCAAAGACGAUACUUUUCUAUUUUGAAAGAUUUCGAAUGAAACGCUUGAUCGUAGAUCGAUUUGCUUAGAAUAGGUGUUGAUUUUGUUUGUAAUGAUUGAUUUCUGUUAAAACUCACUAUAGCAAAAGCCACGACGAGAGUAUUGAAUCUAUUUCUACGGUUCAAUCUCAUUAAAGACAUCUAAAUAAAGUGCACAUCAUGGAUGUUA